AUGGCGUCUCCGAAGCCCCAAGUUUCGUGUUCUGCUGUGCCGUCUGAAGAAUUCAGUGUAGUGCAAGUGUUAGACUCUGAUGAGCCACUUGUUGCGAGCUCCUCUUCAGGCCCCCCGUGUGGUGAAGUGCCGUCUGUAGAAUUGAGUGUAGUUAUAGUGUUGGACUCUGGUGAGCCACUUGUCGCGAGCUCUUCUGCAGGCCCCCCGUGUGUGCAAGUGUUGGACUCUAGUGAGCCACUUGUGCCCAUGACUGUGCUAUCGAAACCAAUAGCUGGUAGUUCCCGCGCCACUGUUCCCAGUACCGUGUCGGUACUGCCGCCUGCGUCUCCAACGUCGUCUGAGAGCAGCGUGGCUGAUGCGGAACCUCGAGCUCCUGCGAUAAUGGAUACUGUGGUUAAAAAUAUGCUAGAUGACGACACAGAAGAAGAAAAAAAGGGCUUAGUACUAUUUGGACGUGACCUAUCCAAGAUUCCAUGCUUUCGAGAAAGUUUUUUAACUGGUAUUGCAACAGAUAUCAGUGGUCAAAACAGAGGUUUGAUGCUCAACUACUUCAAGAAGCCCUAA